ACGUAUCACAGACUAGAGUGGAAUAAAGUACCUGCAGAACAAAGUAGAAUAGAACAGAAUGGAGGCGCUGGAAAGACUUCCCAUGAUGCUCUCUGUCUGGCAAAGACAUGUCGGCCAUCUUGGAUUGUAGAGGUGCAGAAAGAUAGAUGCGGUGACACACGGGCAUGUUUGGUGCUAACCGGAAGAAGUUCAUGGAGGGGGGGGUAGAGGGCGACUACACGGAUGAGUCCAGCCUCUACUACAGCCAGCAGUCCAUGUUCCCCCCCCACCGCACCGACAAAGACAUGUUGCCCUCUUCCUCGGCAUCGUCUCCGGGUCAGCUGUCUCAGCUGGGGGCGAGUUUGUAUGGUCCUCAGAGUGCGUUGGGCUUCCCCAUGCGCAGCAUCAACAGCAGCGUGGCGCCGCCGUUGAGUCGAAGCGGCCUCAAUCAGUCGGCCGGCCAGCUGUCGGGUCAUGCCAGUGCCGCCAACAGCGGCAGCAUGCACACGCCCCCCUCGCCCAGCAGGGGGAUUCUUCCCAUGAGCAGCCGCAGCGUCCUCAACCACAACCAGCAGGUGGGCGGGCCCGCGGGGCAGCCAAUCGGGAUGGGAGGAGAGCGAGGAGGCGGGGCCGGGGUUAGGAGCGGAAGCAUGGGGAGUCCCAGCAGGUCGUCGCCCAGCAUCAUCGGGAUGCCCAAGCAGCAGCAGUCGCGACAAGCAUUCACCAUCAACAGCAUGUCAGGUUUCGGCGUGAGCAGGAAUCCUGGCUUCAACAUGAACAACUCUCUGGCCAGCAACAUCUUCAACGGCACAGAUGGCAGCGAGAACGUCACCGGGCUGGACCUGUCCGACUUCCCGGCCCUAGCGGACCGCAGUCGACGGGACGGGGGCUCCAAUCCUACGCCGCUGCUCAACCCGCUGGCGGGGCGGGCGCCGUACGUUGGCAUGGUAACGAAGCCGUCCAACGAGCAGUCACAGGACUUCUCCAUCCACAACGAAGACUUCCCAGCGCUCCCCGGGCCCAACUACCAAACGAAGGACACGAGCGGCGCCGGCGAGGACGGGAAAGCGAGUCUCAGCUCAUCAGGUAAGCCCGCCUCCACCUCAGACGGUCCCAAGUUCCCGGGGGACAAAAGUUCUGUGGCGCCGAGCAACAACAACCAGCAGAAGAAAGGAAUCCAGGUGCUUCCUGACGGGCGCGUGACCAACAUCCCGGUCGGCAUGGUAACGGACCAGUUUGGAAUGAUUGGCCUGCUGACGUUCAUCCGGGCUGCGGAGACGGACCCGGGAAUGGUGCACCUGGCGCUUGGUUCCGACCUCACCACCCUGGGCCUCAACCUCAACUCCCCCGAGAAUCUUUAUCCCAAGUUUGCGUCUCCCUGGGCAUCGGCGCCGUGUCGGCCACAGGACAUCGACUUCCACGUGCCGUCAGAGUAUUUGACCAACAUCCACAUCCGGGACAAGCUGGCCGCCAUCAAGCUGUCCCGAUACGGCGAGGAUCUCCUCUUUUACCUCUAUUACAUGAACGGCGGCGACCUCCUGCAGCUGCUGGCGGCCGUGGAGCUCUUCAACCGGGACUGGCGCUACCACAAGGAGGAGCGCGUGUGGAUCACCAGGGCACCCGGGAUGGAGCCCACGCUGAAGACCAACGCCUACGAGAGAGGGACCUACUACUUUUUCGACUGCCUCAACUGGAGGAAGGUCGCCAAGGAGUUUCACCUAGAAUACGACAAACUAGAAGAGCGACCUCACGUUCCCUCCACCUUCAACUACAACCCCGCCCAGCAGGCCUUCUGAUUGGCUGUGGCCCAGCUGUCUGCCUGCCUGCCACUGGUCCACCAGACAGACUCCUCCUCUUUGUCAACUUCCAUUUCCUGUUCCGAUGGUCAGGUCACUUUGCUCAUGAAAGGGGACAAAGGAUGUUGUCAGCCGACAGGAAGCCUCACUCUGUCAUGUUUACGUCUACCCGGCAACAACGGACGGGCGCUCAAAGCUUCUUCCCAAACGUCCCGACAUUCCUUUAGCCGGCUCCAGGGGGCGCCGACGCUCAGCAGGUUUCCAGGGAAACCGCCACAGAGACAGUCUCCAGGGACCCACGCUGGUUACCAUAGCGACAGCUGGCAGCAGCCACGCCUGGGACACGCCCACAGAGCCUUGUGACCUGGACUCAAUAUGGCAGCUAGUGUUUUCAU